UCUCUCCCUCACUCUUGUAGAACCCUCCUCUCUCCUUUUUCUCUGUGUGCAGCUCUCUCUCCCUGCCUCCACUCUCUCUCUCCUUUCUUCUGUAUGUAUAGGUCUCUCUCGCUCCCUCCGUCCCUCUCAUACUUCUCCUCCACCCCCCCUCCUCUCUCUCUCUCUCUCUCUCUCUCUCUCUCUCUCUCUCUCUCUCUCCAGCAGCAGCAGUAGAGGAGAUGAUUAUGAGGGGCUGAGGGGAGCGCGGGCCUGUGCUGCUGCUGCUGCGCUUGAGAUGAUGUUGAGAUGCGGGAGGACCAACGCAGAGCCUGAGGGGAGCGCGCGGGACGGCCUGAAGCAUGCGUGAGCGCCGCCUUUACUAACCAGGAGCUGAUACAGGAUGACGUUUCCAUCAGAUUCUACUGGUUUUUGGGCCCAGAUCCUUCCCAAAGGCCCAAUGGAGCAGGAUGUGGAGAGCCCCAUCACGGUCAGACAGCCUCGGCUGCCCAAGCAGGCCCGAGAAGACAUCCCCAAGCAGCUUCAGGACCCUGAGAGAGCCAAGCGCAAGAUCCAGCGCUACGUCCGCAAGGACGGCAAGUGCAACGUGCACCACGGCAACGUCCGGGAGACCUACCGAUACUUUACGGACAUCUUCACCACACUGGUGGACCUGAAGUGGAGGUUCAACCUCUUCAUUUUUGUACUGGUUUACACGGUCACGUGGCUGUUCUUUGGCUUCAUGUGGUGGCUGAUCGCCUACAUGAGGGGGGACCUGGAGCACAUAGGGGAGUCGGAUUGGACGCCGUGCGUCAACAACUUGGAGGGCUUCGUCUCUGCGUUUUUGUUCUCCAUAGAGACAGAGACCACCAUCGGCUAUGGCUACAGGGUGAUAACAGACAAGUGUCCCGAGGGCAUCGUGCUCCUGCUGGUGCAGUCGGUGCUGGGCUCCAUCGUGAAUGCCUUCAUGGUGGGCUGCAUGUUCGUCAAGAUAUCACAGCCCAAGAAACGAGCAGAGACGCUGGUGUUCUCCACCAACGCUGUGAUCUCUGUGCGCGAUGGGCGCCUGUGCCUAAUGUUUCGUGUGGGGGACCUGAGGAACUCGCACAUAGUGGAGGCCUCCAUUCGAGCCAAACUGAUCAAGUCCAAACAGACCAAGGAGGGGGAGUUUAUCCCUCUCAACCAAACAGACAUGAACGUGGGCUAUGACACAGGCGACGACCGCCUCUUCCUGGUGUCCCCGCUCAUCAUCUGCCACGAAAUCAACCAGCACAGCCCUUUCUGGGAGAUCAACAAAGCCAGCCUGAAUAAGGAGGAGCUGGAGAUUGUGGUGAUUCUGGAAGGCAUGGUGGAGGCUACAGGAAUGACGUGCCAGGCGCGCAGUUCAUACGUGGCCAGUGAGAUCAAGUGGGGCUACCGUUUCACGCCCGUGCUGACGCUGGAGGAUGGCUUCUACGAGGUGGACUACAACAGCUUCCACGAGAUCUACGAGACCAACACGCCGAGCUGCAGCGCACGCGAGCUGGCCGAGAUGAGCGCCCGUGCCCGCCUGCCGCUCACCUGGAGCGUGGCCAGCAGACUGAGCCAGCAGGGCCUGUUGGACUCGCGUGAUGAGGAGCAGGAGAAGGAGAAGAGUGGAGAGGGCCAGGAGCAAGCCGAGCGCAACGGAGACAUUGCCAACAUGGAGAACGAGUCCAAAGUGUAGAGCGGAGGAGCACACGGGCCAUGCAGAGGGCCACUUCUUACUUUCACACAAACACUCUUUAUCUCUCUCUCUGUCUCUCUUUCAGGGGUACUCAGUUCAGAGUCCAGCAGAGUUUGGUAAAAAUUACAAACAGUGUCUGUAGAUUCAUGUUAAACAAUACGACUCUAUAUAGUAUCUAAUCCCAUAUAGUAACUUUAGUUGAACCAGUAAUAAAGGGUACACCACUGUGCUGAUCAGGUACUUGCCAGGUAAGGAUUACACCAGUCUUCUCAGAACAUUCCUGUCCAUGGCCCAGUUUCCCCAAAAGCAUUAAAAAAACUCUUUAAAGUUCAGCCCAUUUUAGCCCUAACUAAACAUUUAAAAACAGAGAAUAACAAUGCUGAAACUCUGUGACUGCAGGGGGCAUAGGUCCAAUCCACAGACAGUAAUGGCUCACUGGAUUGAUGUAAUAUGAAAAUAGUUUGCAUAAGAGUUCUCAUUCAGCUCCUCCAAAGUUACAUAGUGCAGUAGUGACAUUCUGAAUCCAGGAUGGCAAUGAAAGAGACACCAUUCUCCCAAAGUCAGUGGACCCUCAAAAUGACAAAAUCAUUUAAGGCAUAAAUGCUACACAAAAUUUCUUAAUUAUCCUGUUGCACCAAAAAUCGUCACAAACUUUUCCAUUUUUACUAUUCAAAACCAUCAUUUGUUUAGUGUGCAGCUAAAAUGCACAUCCAGUUCAUUAAAAAUUGGACUAAAAUCCAUCCAGUAGAGGGAGCCAAAAAAACACUGACAAAAUCAUGCCGAUGGUGAAGGAAGUCAUAAUAAUGAACAUACAGGGCUCAGAGUGGUCCAGUGGGCUAAGCGAUGCCACUAUGAUCAGGAAAUCGCCGGUUCGAAUCCUGUUCAUGUAGCUUGCCAUCGGCAACUGGAGCUUUGUUCUCUCUGGGUGGGUAGAUGGCCCUCUCUCUCUCUCCCCACAUCACUCCAAAGGGUGAUGUUGAUCAGUGUUGGUAAUGCAUCUGUGAGCUGAUGUAUCGGAACAGAGUUGCUGCGUUUUCUGCUGUGAUGCUGUGAUGCUACUAUACUGCAUCAGCAGCAGUAUAAAAAAGAGAUGGUGUCUGACUUCACAUGUAUCAGAGGAGAUAUGUGCUAGUCUUCACCCUCCUGGUGUGUUAGGGCAUCACUAGUGAUAGGGAGAGUCCUGGGGUGAAUGGGGUUGGUAAUUGGCCGUGUAAACUGGAGAGAAAAUGGGAAAAAAAAUAGAAAUAAAGUUAUAUAAUGAACCUACAAGCAAAAUAGAUGGCAGAGGCAAAAAUAGGCAAAAAAGGUGUGCCAGCUGUAUCAACGACAGUGUAAAAUGUAAAAAGGAUCCAGACUUAUCUUUCCAUGUGAGUUUCUACUUCAAAUGCAUAAAUAUGAAUGAAUUAAAUGCAGAGUUACUUGCAUAUUGCAUACAAAAUCUGCAAUAUCAAUAUCAAAAAAAGUCUGAUACUGUAUAUUGAUACUUAGUACCAGUCAAAACUUUGAACACACCUUCUCAUCCAAUUUCUUUAUUUAAUUUAUUUUCUACACUGUAUAUUAAUAUUAAAGACAUGAAAACAAUUAAGGGGCACAUAUGGAAUUACGUAGUAAACAAAAAAAUGUUUAGCCACCAAAAUCCCCUGACUUAAACCCAACUGAGGAAGAAAACGCAGAAGCUAUUGUUCAGCACCUACAGGAACUUUUUAAGACGCUGAGAAAACUAUUCCAGGUGACUCUACCUCAUGAAGCCACUGAGAAAAUAUGUGUGCAAGUGUAAGAGUGUGCAAAAGUAUUUGACCCCUUUUGUUUACAAAAUAAUUUAGCAUGUGUAUUAGAUUUACAAUGUAAAAUAUCAUUAAAAGAAGGAAACACACUGACUGAAAGAGGUGUGUCCAAAGGUUUGACUGGUGCUGCAUUUUACUGUAUGGCGCAUCACAGGUAAAUUACCUGUAAGUAAUAUCCAAACUGUGCUAGACUAAGACCCUCCAAGAGAUGAGCUGAAGACCCCUGCUCUCACUUAAACACACACACACAAACACACACAUACACGUCUCUCUGUCUGCCUCUGCUCUGCGUAGCCGGACACAGGUCUGAGACCAGCUCAGGAAAGAGCCCCUGCAAAGUUGGGCGGAGCACUUGGCCCUCCUCCCUCUCUCUCUCUUACUCUCUCGCCCUUUCCUUUGCUCUCUCUCUCUCUCUCUCCCUCCCUGCCUACCCUGCCCCAAAGAGACUUGACAUCAGACGGACUCAGAGGCUUGGGAAACUGCAUGGUUUCGAAUAAUUUUUUUCUUAAAGAUAAAACAAUAAUAUUAUUUUCAGAUUUUUAAUUGAAAGAUGAAAAAAACUAUAUAUGUAUAUGAAUAUAUAGAUAUAUUCUAGGGCAUUUGCAUUUGUAUUUUUUGUAUAUAUAUUUCAAUAAUCGCUUUUGUUUUCGAGAUGAGUGAAUAUUUGACAGGAGGUUGUUUGAUACUACAUUGAUUUGGACCAGGUCUGUAUAUUCUGCCUUUUGAAAGAGAAUUUCUUUACCUUUUGGGUUUUCAGAUAAUAUAUAUAAAUAUAUAUAUGUUAAUAUAUAUUUAUAUAUAUGUACUUAUAUACGCGCAUGUACAAAACGAACUCUAGUUGAUUUCUCUGUAUGAUGUAUUAUGUACAUAAAGGAUGGUAGGUAGUUGUAGGCGAGGCACGGCUGAUCUUAUACUGGAUGCAAAAGCUUUAGCCCGUGCUCUGGGGCCUUCCUCAGCAUGAGGUUGUUACUUGGGUGCGGGGGUGGUUAGCGACGGGGAAGUGUUUGGCCCCAACUGUGCAUGUCUGCUCUUAAACACGCAACCGCACGAGCUUAAAGCAACAGUUUGGUGAACAAUCAAAUCUGCAAGUUUCCACCUUACCUCAGGUGCUGUCAGUGUCCAGGACAGGUUUGGUGUCUAAAGCUUCUUUAGUUUUGCUCGGCUAAUGCGGCUAAUACGUUAUGGAAGUACAUGGCCAAGUACACUGGCAUGCCACAUGUCAUGGGACAAGAACUAGUAUCAUUGAAAUAUCCCAUGAAGCAAUUUUAGCCUGAUGCCACUAAUCAUUACUGGGCUGUGCACUGUGCGCACCAAUUUUUUUUGUUACAAGUUUCAAAUUAACAUGGAAUUUUUUCUCCAGACUUUGGUAACACUUUUCAAUAAUGGUCACAAAUAACGGUAGCUAUGACAGUAAUAAAUAUUAUUCAAACUUAUUAUUAAUUUACACAAGUUAAGACAUUAUUAAACAUUACAAAAUUUUAAUGCUUAAGAAUGUUGUAAAUAAUACUGAAUUGAGACCUUAGCUAAAAUGUUGUAAUGAUGUAUGAUAUCUUAACUAGUGUCGAUUAAUAAUUACCGUAUUAUGUGGAGUAUAAAGAACACGUCAAAAAACGUCAUAUUUUUUGCAGUAUUUUUUAUACAUAAGAGGCAUUAAGCGGCACUAGUAAGAAUACAUCCUUGAUGUGUACACGGGUGUCGCCAUGUUCCCCUACUAAUUCUAAUUCACUGGAUGUUCAUCUACACAGAUUUCUCUCAUGAAAACUGUUUAUUUGUGUAAGUAAAGCGCUUCUGUUUUUUUACAGUAAGCUUAGAAUUCUAAUAUUUUGUCCAAGGAUGAGCGCUAGCCUCGGUUAACAGCGCUAGCCAGCCAGAGUUAGCAGCGCUAGCCAGCCAGAGUUAGCAGCGCUAGCCAGCCAGAGUUAGCAGCGCUAGCCAGCCGUGGUUAGACUGAGGAACCCUGAGUGUUCCGGUUACCCAGGGUGCUAUCCGCUAGCGGUUCAUCCGACGUAGGUUGUUUCAUCACAGUAAACAUGCAGACUACAGUCUACAGAUAUACUCACCUCUGAAGGGCAAAAGAGCUAGUGCUGCAGUUAACAGCUAAUGCUAAUGCUACUCCAGCCUGAGCGCUGGGGAAACUUAACUGAAACUUCUGUAUGACGCUGCAGUGCAGUGGCUUUACUGCUCCUUACAACCUGACUGGUAAAAUUCAUACAUAAAAUUAAAUACAUUUUUGUGUGCCAUAUAGUUAAAAAAAUAUUGUAGUUGAGACAUACUGUUGUCAGUACUGUUAUACCCUUUUUGGAAAGUGUUAUCCAAACUUUUAGUGUUUGUAUUUAAUCAAAAAUGGCAAUUCCUUGUUCAUUUGCCAGGAUUUUGUCUACAGCAUUCACACUUUAACCUUUUCUCAUUUAUUUCGCAAUUACAUUCAUAGCUUAGCUAAAAGAGAUUGUGUAAAAUAAGAAUUAGCUUUAGCAGAACUGCACACCUUUAGCAUACAGGCUGCAACUGUUGCUUGUAGUUGUAUUUUUUAAGACCUCAAGCUGCAUCAAGCUGUUCCGUCAUCUGAAAUAGACCUGCUGAUGUGGUUUUUGACACUGUAUGACUGGUUUUUCACUACUGUCUUUAAAAAACUUUUCUUUAAAAAAAAAAAAAAAAACCUUCCAUAGCAUAACAGUCGUAGCAGCUAUCUUUAGUCUGGAUUUUGCCUAUUCUUUUGUUUUUAAUUUUAAUAGCAGCAUGUUUUUUAGCAGGGAUACAGUGUUAGAAACCACAUAAGCAGGUCAACUUAAGAUUAUGUUACCAGUGGAAAUGUAGUUAGAUAGGUAGGUAGAUAUAUAGUUUGCAUAAUGCUUAGACAGACAGUUAGACUUGAUAGAGGCUAAUGCUGCAUUCUGUUUACCUCACAACCAAGUUGUCUGCAUUUCAGUUAAACAUUCAGAUAUCAGCUAUCAUUGUUAGCAUUGUGUUAGGCCACCCCUAGUUGAUAACAGUGUAUUAUGCAGGAUUUUGCACAUCCAAACACUAUAGAAAACUAUCCACAGAAGCUGCACAGUACUGUGUAGUUUUUAACACUACUGCUGUUAUUACUGGUAAUGUGCAGCGCAGCCAUCCCAGCUAACAAUUUUUGUUUAGUAGAACAUUUUGUGAAUGUUACAGUUAACAUUCUUAUAACGUUCAAUUUGUCCAGUUUUCAGGAUCGCUGUAGAACAAUGUUUUUUUAAACAUUCUGGUAACCCCACUGCAAUGGCACUUAAUUUUUUUUUUUGUUUGCUUGUUUUGGGAAUGUUACUUUUACAUUUCCAAAAUGUUUAACUAUUCGUCUAGUUGUGAAUGUUAUGUGAAAAAUGUUCUAUUAACAUUGUGUUGUUCAUUCUUGGAACAUUAUUUCUGUAAUGUUACAAGCUAACCUUUCAGGAACCUUUUUUAAAAUAUUGAUCAACGUUCCUUUAAUGUUCUCUGUUAGCUGGGAUCUUAAAUUCUAAACUUUAUUUUUUAUUUACUGGAUCCCGAUUAGCUGGGGCAGAUGCCCCUGGGGUCCUAAUGUUGGUGAGACUCUCCCAAUUUUCCAACUAGUAGGAAAUCUGACCUGGAGGAGCGCACAAGGUAAAAUGUCCUGUUUGAAAUGAGGCAAUUCUGACAUCCAAGCUCAAAUGGGUGCUUCCAUUACUUCUUGGCUAUAUUAGCUUUGCAGGUUCAAUGCAAACUAAAGAAGCAAACUCCAGUCACAAAUAAAAUAUAUGUCUUGGUUGAUUGACUACAUUUGGAGUAAAAGACAAAGUAGAAAGUCAAGGAUGUUUAAUUCUGUCACCAAACUCUUCCUUUAAGCACCCCUUUUAGACUUUGUUUACUUUGCGACCAUAGUUUACCCCUGUCUUGGCAGACUCUUGAUACUUCGCACCUUUAACUUUCGAACAGAAGGCUGGAGAGAGUUUGCUGUGUGUGUGUGUGUGUGUGUGUGUGUGUCUGCAUGCAUGCGAGUGUAUGUGCCCUCGGCCUCAGGUGCUGUGCGAGUGUGGAUCUCCCAGAUGACUCAUGGUGUGCUGUUUGCACAUGUUCUCCCUGAAGACUGAGGAAUAUUUUCUAUUUUAAUUGUCAUUUUUGUCAUCUGGCAGACGCAGCCAUACGAGGAAAACGUUUUCCCCUUCACUAACAGCGGGGCUGAGCUUGAGUCGGCCCUCUUCUAGGCUCUUUUACUCCUCAAUAGACGCUCUACACAAUGAAAAAAAAAAACAGAACACAUUGCCAAACAUAUUUGCAGUAUAUGCCUAAGCCAAUGCUACACUUUUCUCUACAUUUUGGGAAUCAUACCUCACUCUCUUACAGACACCUUUAGGUCUUCUCAAACGUUCACUUCCCUCUUGAACCCACACUGGACGCAAGAAACCAAAGAGACCGACCCCUGAUCUCUAAAGCAAUCAGUAGGAGUAGGAUCGAGUGGAAGCAGUGUUUCGUUUACCAAGUCAUUUAAACUUCAUCUGCAACAGUCUGCAGAUUUAAACCCUUAUUUUCCGCUUUUUUAACAGAACAAUGAAUAAAUCUGUAAUGGAUGAAACUAGUGUUACACCGUCUUCUUCAGAAUCAUGUUACAACAGCCGCCACUGAUAGUGGCUGAUUUUGCUAUUAACCUCAAAGAAAAUAGAUCAACUUAGCAGGCCACAGAACAUUAGGAAGGCCACUGAGAGAUACAAUGAAGUAUUAGGAGGUAGUUUGAAAUCUGUAACAUACAGAAGAAGUCUUGUAUCUUUAGCAUUUCAAUACUCUUUAUAUGCAUCUUUGACCUAUUAGGAAAGUUGGGCAAUAUCACAAAAAAUGCUAACAUUCAUGUUUUAAAGAAAGCUUCAAUUCCACUGAUUUUUCAAAUUUCAGUAAAAUUAAGUAUUUCUGAUGGAAACAAGGUCAUUCUGAGCGGUUUAAUAGGCUACAGUAUGCGGAUACGCUAACAUGCCAAAAGUAAUGGGACAGGAACUAUUAUCCCAACAAGUGUCCCAUGAUUUUUGCCAUGUGAAUGUGCCACUGCCUGUGAGGUUUAAUGCAUUGAAUGUGAAUGUCUUUUUGCACAGACAGUUCUAGCCAGACACCGCCGGUCAUGAUCAUUACCACCCACUGUGUUGUUGUGACUGUCCACUGUGGGUGGUAAUGCCUUCUAUGGCAUAUUGCCGGUACACAUGAGACAACGUAGAACAUCCAAGGAAUGUUAAAUGCCUGCACAACAUCGAAAAAAAUCAAAUGCCAGGCUGUCAAGCCUCGAUAAAACACCAAAAAUUCAAGUCGCCUUGCCAAACACUGAGUAUGCUGGUCAGUGUUCAAACUCACUAACUAGAUAACCCAACCUCACAACUUAUACAGGUGCAGGUAUUCCCAAGCUCUUCCCUUAGGUAACACUUGAACAACAUUUGUAUCACAUGACUGACUAGAGUAUGUUUAUCUAGAAUAUAGAAUUUAACAACAAACCAUUCUACUCAAUGACUUUGAUCACAUCCAAACCAGUUCAUUAUGCUGAAACACUGAUCUAAAAAAUCUGUGGAAUUAAGCUUUAAAAUAUGUUCACAAUAAUUAUCCUGCAAGUACAUUUAUCAAUGACUAUCUGCUAUCGUUUUGGGACAUCUAGCUUUUAGUUUUGUUUUGCUGUUUUGUAAUAAUUUAAGGUUGUACACAUUUUAAUAGCCUUGCUGUGAUUUUUGCACUAAUCAACUCAUAAACCUUUUGGAGAUUUGCAAUCACAUUUGGGCCGCAAAAACUUCAAUGUGUGUUUUUAAAAUAUACUUUUCAUAUUGUUUGCAACAAAAGCAGUUAUUUCAUGUUAAAGGUGCCCUAAAAUGUAAAAAAAUAUUUUUGCUAGUUCAAAACAUGCCAUCAGCUUGAGAAAGAUGAGAAGAGGAAGACUCUGAGAAAUUUGGGCUGGUGUUCGAACAGCUUCAACUUGUCAUAGAAAGUAAGCCCCCCUGUCCCAUAAUCAGAGUCAGGGAGGAGAUAUAACAGUUACAGGGACUAAAUGGGGUGGUGGAGGGAAACUUGUCAUGAUAAAUAAGAGAAGUCCAGAGGAGUUGUAGGAUGUUAGUAAAGAAAGGGGAGGAGCUUCAGGCGGCAUGUUCCUCCUCUCAAAACUUAGUUAUACAGGCAUAGAUAAAAAUUAUGUAAGCUUGAUAUAUAGCAGUGUGUCAUCUUUCAAAUUCAAAUUUGACAUAACCAAUACAUUAACCAGCAUUUUAAGCUGGACUAGUUGCAAAAACCUUAAAGUGUUUUUAAAGAGUGUAGAUUUAUUCACAUUAACAUACACUAUAUUUGCCCUAGUUCACUAUGUUAGCACUAUAACAGACAACAGCCAAUUGAUUCAUUGAGAUUACGGUGCUCCAGUUAUUGUUGUUGUCUUCUGAGACAUGAACUAGCCUUGCUAUGUAAAUAGGCAUCAGCAGCCAGAGUCUGAGAGAGAGAGAGAGCACAAUUAGCUUUGCUUUCUCUGGGUGGGUAGAUGGCGGGUCAGCACAGGUGUCUGUUAGCUGAUGUAUCAGAGCUGGAGUGCUGCACUUUCCUCUGAGUGAACUAAAUGGCUACCGGGUGAUGCUGCAUCAGCAGCAGUUGGUAAAGAAGCUGUAGCUGACCACAUGCAUUGGAGGAGGCAUGUGCUAGCCUGCACUUCUCCUAGUGUUAGUCCUGUUGAGUGGGAAAAAAUAGAUAAAAGUCUGUUCAAAUGCAAUUUAUCAAGUGAUACAAAUGGUAUUUCUAAGGUUCCACUACUCAAAAGCCAUAUAUUUCUUCAACUAGCUAAUCACACACUGUACUAACAGGAUUAUUCAAUUAGUCUGGAUAGUUACUAAACAUAUACAAUUACAAUUUUUAGUUACUGUGCAAAAAAACAAAGCUAUGCUAAACUAAGCUAUGUUAUGUGGCUUCUGUGUCAGAUAUUGCAGAACUUGUCUUUAAUAUGAUUAUAAAUAAUGUAUGUGUGUAAAACGAUGAUCUAUCUACAAUUAAAAUACAAAAAAAAGGCUAUUGCAUUUAAUGGCACCUUUAUAAACCAAUACAUCAAACAGAAAGAUAGUUGUCCCCAAAUGUUUAACAGCAGUAUGGUUCAACACCCACAGAGAGAGAAAGAGAUAAAGAGAGAAUGAAUGAGGGCAUCGAUUUGAGCACUUUUAGGAGAAGACAGUUUGUGAGGCUGUGAGGAAGUUAAGCUUCUCUCUGUCCUUCCUCUGGGAGCGAGUGGAGAGGUGUUGUGCGCUGUAGCUCCAGCAGCGUACUUUAUAAAUGCUGAAGUGCCCUUUAAACCUGCUCCUCCUGCUCCUCCACACACCCAGCAACCCCGCUCCCUUCAUACACAAGCCAUCCAGAGGAGGAGAGCAGCCCCACACACACCACACACACACAACAGCCCCCCAAUUCACUCAGCCCAGACACUGAGGUUCUUCUCCAUCAGGUCCUCCUCUCAUCCUCACACACACACAUACUCUGGCUCCUCCGUUUCUCUGUUAGGGAGAAGUGCUACGUCAGGAACACCGAGCAUACUUUUACCUUUAGUUCCUUCAUUCUGUUUUUCCUUUAGAUACUGAUUUUUAAACUCUUUAACUAAGAAGCCAUAAUAUGGUACGAUAUUCAUAUUUAGUGUUUCUAGAGAUAUGUCAUCCUGAUUUUGUUGUUGUUGAUUUAUAAAUGCUCUGUGUCACAAGAGACUCAUGAAAUAAACCAUAUCUAAAUAUUCCUUUGAAUUUGUUAAA